UUAGGGUUUUGUUGAUGGAAUAACUCACCCGGAACUCGGCGAAGUUCCAAGAAUAUGGUCUUUUUUUUAUUUUAUUUAUUUUUUCCAUUUUAUUUAGCCGCUUAGGUCCGCCGUCGGCCAUCGUCUGUGUUCUCGUUUCCGAGUCGUCAGUGACACUGGAGACGAAGCAGAAUGGAUCGAGACUGGGGUUCAAAGCCUGGGAGUGGAGGAGCCGCCUCCGCUCAGAAUGAAGCCAUCGACCGUCGAGAGCGUCUUCGCCGACUUGCCCUGGAGACCAUUGAUCUUGCUAAAGACCCAUAUUUCAUGCGCAACCAUCUUGGGAGCUAUGAGUGCAAGCUUUGUCUCACCUUACACAAUAACGAGGGCAAUUACUUGGCCCACACUCAGGGUAAGCGGCAUCAGACUAAUCUGGCAAAGAGAGCAGCUCGUGAGGCCAAAGAGGCACCUGCUCAGCCUCAGCCCCACAAACGUAAAGUCUCGGUUCGCAAGUCAGAAUUCAACAUGUUUGCACUUUGCAGUCAAGAUUGGUCGGCCUGGGUACCGAGUGACUAAGCAAUUUGAUCCAGAGACAAAGCAGAGAUCUCUUCUUUUCCAGAUAGAAUAUCCUGAGAUUGAAGAACUCACAAAGCCAAGGCAUAGAUUUAUGUCUUCAUAUGAGCAGAGGGUUCAACCAUUUGACAAAAGAUAUCAGUAUCUUUUGUUUGCAGCUGAACCGUAUGAGAUAAUUGCUUUCAAGGUUCCCAGCACAGAGAUUGACAAGUCCACACCAAAGUUUUUCUCACAUUGGGACCCAGACUCAAAAAUGUUCACGUUGCAGUUAUAUUUCAAACCCAAGCCACCAGAGGCUAACAAACCACAGCCUCCCUCUACAACCAAUGGCACUGCAGCACCUGGGGCCCCACCAAGGCCUGUGCCUCCACCACCUCAAGCUCCACCGCCACCACCACCUCCACCACAAGGACUACCUCCUGGUGCUGCUGUCGGAAAUCCUCCUAGAGCCCCUCCACCUCCAAUGCCUGGAUCAUUGCUGCUGCCGCCGCCUCCUCCAAUGUCAAAUGGCCCUGCACCUGCACCUCCUGGCGGAAUGCCACCGCAACCCCUAGUUGCAGCUGGCCCAGCAGCUAGUUUCAGCAUGGGUUCUAGGCCCCCUUCAAUGCCACCUCCUCAAAAUUAUUUAGCCCAACGUCCACCCCCACCACCUCCAAGCAUGGGAUAGAGGAUCUCCGAUUUUGAGCGGGAUGUACGCUCACGACUAACGUAAAGUUAGUUUCCAAGAGGUUUUUUUUUUAAGGUUAGAGGCUUAGCUUUAUUAGCUGUGCACUUCAUUUUCUGCGUCCUUUAUUGACCUCGUAUUCAAAUUAAGAUAUUGUGGUAUCUAGUUUCUAGUAAUUAUUAUGCGUUUGGAGAGUGCCCUAAAUUGAUGCGGACACGUGUAUGUAUACUUUCGAAAUUAAUCGGAAAUUAACAAAGAGGAGCGUCAUUUUCUGAAA